AUGCUGCUGAGGAGAGUGCUGACCAGCUGCAGGAGGCUGUCCACCAUGAGGCUGCAGAGCCCCGAGUUCCAGGCUGUGUUUCACUGAAGGUCUGCAGACCCUGACAGGUCUGUUCUCUCAGGAGAGGUACGAGUUGCGUAUUGCGGGCGGAGCCAGUCCGGGACCUCCUUCUGGGUAAACAGCCGCAUGACAUCGACUUCGCCACCACCGCCACCACCGGAGCAGAUGAAGGAUCUCUUCCUGAAGGCCGGGAUCAGAAUGAUCAACAACAAGGGGGAGAAACACGGCACCGUCACUGCCAGGAUAAACGAUCAGAACUUCGAGAUCACCACGCUGAGGGUGGACCUGACAACGGACGGGCGGCACGCCGAGGUGCAGUUCACCACAGACUGGGAGCAGGACGCCGAGAGGCGGGACCUUACCAUCAACUCCAUGUUUUUAGGAUUUGACGGAACGCUUUAUGAUUACUUCAAUGGCUACGAGGACCUGAAGAGUCACUGCAUCCGAUUUGUGGGCGAUCCGGCAAAACGAAUCCAGGAGGAUUAUCUGCGAAUCCUGCGAUACCUCAGGUUCUACGGGAAGAUGGCAGACAAGGCCGGAACUCACAGCCCGGCUACACUGGACGCCAUCAGAGGCAAUGCUGCGGGACUGAGCGGGAUCUCGGGGGAGAGGAUCUGGGUGGAACUGAAGAAGACCUUAGAAGGAAGACACGUCACUCAUCUGAUGCAGCUUCUGUAUGAGCUGGGCGUGGCUCCACAUGUCGGAUUACCAGAGGACGGGAACCUGGAGGAGUUUGCUCAGGUCUGUUCCCGAGCCGAACAUUUAUCACCCCGACCCAUGACCCUCCUGACUGCACUCUUCUCACAUCCGGACUCCGUCCACAAACUGGAUCUGAGGCUGAAGAUCUCCAAAGAGGAGAAAGUCCUGGCGCUGUUCAUCCUGAAGGAGAGGCGGGAUCUGAGGGCGGAGCACACGGACAGACUGCCACUGAAGCCCUAUCAGGACCACAUUAUCGACUCCCGAGAGUUGGAUAUCCAGAAGAAGGUGUGUGAACUGCUGAAGUACCAAGGAGAAGAGCGGCUCCUGAAGGAGAUGGAAAGCUGGACUCUUCCUCGCUUCCCGGUCAGUGGGCACGACCUCCGCCGAUUGGGGAUCUCUUCAGGGAAGGAGAUCGGGAGGAUCCUGCAGGAACUCCGGGGAGCAGUGGAAGAAGAGCGGGUACCGGAGCGACAAAGAGGAACUUCUGAACAGCGUUCAUGGGAAGGGGUCCUG